AUGUCCGCAGAAGGAGAAGAUUUGUUUGAUGAUUUUUUAAAUUCGAGGUUGGAGGACGAUGGAGAACACGCAACCAUUAUUAAACUCAACGAUGAUUCAUUACAUACUGAAUUGAAUGAUGAAGAAUUUGAAAAGUUGUUGAACGAAUCAGAGACUGAACCACAUCAUCAAAAGGCAUUAUCGGAAUCUACUCCUCAGAAGGCUUCUGGCAUCAAUGGUAGCACUUUAACGGAAUCGGUAGAAUCAUCAUCAUCUAUAAGUGCUUCCACACAACAGCAGCAAAUCUCCACUGAUCAAAAUAAUACCCAAGAAGAUGAUGAUGAUGGUGUGGUGAUUGAAUUUCAAUGGACCGAUGAAGAUCAAAUCAAGGACGAAACAGAUCAAGCCAAACAAAAUGAAUUAAUUUCUAAAAUUUCUAAAUUUGUCAAGAGAAAGAGAAGUACAACAUCGGAGGUUGAAAUUCCAACGACCGAGUCAUCAUCAACAACAACAACCACAACGACCACAACAAAAACAUCAGAUAGUAAUGGAGAUGGAGGUCAUCAACAAGAAAUUGUAGAAACACGAAUUAGUUUAAUGAUCUCUGAUAUUUUGAAUAGAUUUGGAAAGGUCAUGGAUAUUGAUAGUAGAGGGGAAGCCAUCGAAACGAGAAUGUCGGAUUUACGCAAAGAGGAUCCCGAUUCACUUUAUUCUUUUGCCAAGUUAAAAGAAUCGCUUCAGAGAAAACUUGUUGUUCUCGAAUGUACCAUAGGCAAUCUGUGCACAUUAAUUGAAAAGAAUGUGCAACGUAAAGGACAAUUGAGAGAAGCUAAAAAAAUACUCAAAGACCAAUUGAUCAAGGCCACUGAGGUGUGCUCAGAAAAGUCAAAUCAACUCGAAGAGGCAAAAGAAAAGUACAAGAGGAUGGAAGCUGUUUAUCAAAAAGACCGAAACCAACUCUUACAAAUUAUUGAAACACUUAAAUUGCAAAUUAAGGAUCCAGAAAAUGAGGUUGUGAAAAAUUUGAAAAUUCCAGAGGCACCAACUGUGACAUCUCUGAAUCAAGAGGAUGACUCUACCUUGUCCACUCUGACAAAAUCUCUCCUUACUUCACUUCCUGAUUCUUGGAAGAAUGUCACUUCAACACCCACCAAACCGCAACCAUCAACCUUGCAAACUUCACCUCGAAACAAAUCAAAUCGUACAUCCUCUUCUUCUUCUUCUUCUGCCACCACCUCAGAUUCUACCACCGAUCCAUUGGCUGCUGCUUCCUCUUGGUUUUCCUCUUGGAUGAAAUAA